CCGAGUUUUCGACAGUCGGUAGCACAACCCUAGAAAUGGCUUCCAGCAGUACACAGUCUAGUUCCACAACAGAAUCAGGCGCAACGACAACUACUACUGAUGCUAGCACAACAACUGCACAAUCUACAAGCGCAGUUGAAAGUUCAACUGAAAGCACCACAACUGAAGCCAGUAUGUCUACAUCCGCAGGUACAUCAACAUCUACAAAUACGGAAUCUUCGACAGAGGGCACCACAACAGUAGAAAUGACUUCUACCAGUACACAGGCAAGCUUUACAACAGAAUCAAGCGCAACAACAACUUCUUCUACUGAUGCUGCCACAACAAAUGCACAAUCCACAAACCCAGUAGAGACUACGACUGAAGCCGUCACAGGUGAAGCCAGUACAUCUACAUCCGCAGCGACACCAACAUCUACAAUUCCAGAAACAACUAGCACAACAGUAGAAACCAUGGGGUCGUCGACAGUGAGUAGCACAACUGCUGCAGAAAUCACUUCCACGAGUACACAGUCUAUCUCCACAACAGAAACAGGUGCAACAGCAUCCACAACUGAUGCUAGCACAACCGCUGCUGAAUCUACAAGCGCACUUGAGACUACGACUGAAGGCACCACACCUGAAGCUAGCACAUCUACAACCGCAGCAGCACCAACAUCUACAAUUCAAGACACAACUAGCACAACAGUUGAAACCACGGAGUCCUCAACAGUGGGCGGCACAACUGCAGAAAUGGAUUCCACAAGUACACAGUUUAUCUCCACAACAGAAUCGGGCACAACAACAACCCUAACUGAUGGUAGCACAACAUCGCCUGAAUCUACAAGCACGGUUGAGUCUACAACUGAAACCAUUACAACUGAAACCGGUAUAUCUACAUCCGCACACACGCCAACAUCAACAACUGCAGAGAUGGCUAGCACAACAGUAGAAACUACGGAAUCGUCGACAGUCAGCAUCUCAACUGCUGAACCCACGUCCAUCAGUUCACAGGCUAGCACAGCAACACAGGCAGGCACAACAACCAGUACUGACACUAGCACCUCAGCUGCAGAUACUUCAAGCACAGCAGAGACUACAUCAGAAUCAAUCACAUCUGAACCCACUACAUCUACUUCUGGAUCCACAACUGCAUCAGCAAUUGUUGAUACAACGACUUCUACUGAAGGCAAGUACAACCGAGUUUUCGACAGUCGGUAGCACAACCCUAGAAAUGGCUUCCAGCAGUACACAGUCUAGUUCCACAACAGAAUCAGGCGCAACGACAACUACUACUGAUGCUAGCACAACAACUGCACAAUCUACAAGCGCAGUUGAAAGUUCAACUGAAAGCACCACAACUGAAGCCAGUAUGUCUACAUCCGCAGGUACAUCAACAUCUACAAAUACGGAAUCUUCGACAGAGGGCACCACAACAGUAGAAAUGACUUCUACCAGUACACAGGCAAGCUUUACAACAGAAUCAAGCGCAACAACAACUUCUUCUACUGAUGCUGCCACAACAAAUGCACAAUCCACAAACCCAGUAGAGACUACGACUGAAGCCGUCACAGGUGAAGCCAGUACAUCUACAUCCGCAGCGACACCAACAUCUACAAUUCCAGAAACAACUAGCACAACAGUAGAAACCAUGGGGUCGUCGACAGUGAGUAGCACAACUGCUGCAGAAAUCACUUCCACGAGUACACAGUCUAUCUCCACAACAGAAACAGGUGCAACAGCAUCCACAACUGAUGCUAGCACAACCGCUGCUGAAUCUACAAGCGCACUUGAGACUACGACUGAAGGCACCACACCUGAAGCUAGCACAUCUACAACCGCAGCAGCACCAACAUCUACAAUUCAAGACACAACUAGCACAACAGUUGAAACCACGGAGUCCUCAACAGUGGGCGGUACAACUGCAGAAAUGGCUUCCACAAGUACACAGUUUAUCUCCACAACAGAAUCGGGCACAACAACAACCCUAACUGAUGGUAGCACAACAUCUCCUGAAUCUGCAAGCACGGUUGAGUCUACAACUGAAACCAUUACAACUGAAACCGGUAUAUCUACAUCUGCACACACGCCAACAUCAACAACUGCAGAGAUGGCUAGCACAACAGUAGAAACUACGGAAUCGUCAACAUUCAGCAUCACAACUGCUGAACCCACGUCCAUCAGUUCACAGGCUAGCACAGCAACACAGGCAGGCACAACAACAACCAGUACUGACGCUAGCACCUCAGCUGCAGAUACUUCAAGCACAGCAGAGACUACAUCAGAAUCAAUCACAUCUGAACCCACUACAUCUACUUCUGGAUCCACAACUGCAUCAGCAAUUGUUGAUACAACGACUUCUACUGAAGGCAA